AAGGGCUGAGGGUUCUGUGUGUUGGGAACAGCUGCCUCAGAAAAGGGACGAGCAAGGGCAGAGCUGGGCCAUCAGGAAUCAGGGGACACACACGGGCAACAGGGUCAGGGCUAUGGCCAGCAUUCAACAGGACCUGUGUGUCUUCAGAUGCCUCAGGCUUGGUUCAGGGUGAGCAAAGGUGGGCCAUAGUUCUCCAGCUUUCACUGAGUGGCCAAGGAGGAUGGUGUCCUCUGUGCCCUCUGCACAGGUGUGGCAAAGGAUUUGGAGGGUGGACACUGGACUGCAGGCCUGUCGCUCACCCAGUCCUGCAGAUUCCUGUGUGUGGAUUCCUUUAUGUAGGAUCCUGAGCUCUGCCUUUGCUCACACACACACCCACCCACGUGCACUCACAGCGCAAGCGCGCACACACACACCCAUAUGCACAUACCCACACGCACGCGCUCCAGCCAGACCCCUGGGUGCUCAGUGGCUUCUUCCUCUCUCCCCUCCAUUUCUUCCCUGAGAACAUCGCUCUUUGACCGCCUCCCACUUCAAGUUAUAUCUGCGGGUGGACAAGCACGUCAUCUGUCUUAGGAACCGGAGUUCCGGCGAAGAAGCUGGGGCUGAGCCUGACUCCCGAAGGCAGCUAUGCCGUGUCUUUGCAAAGGGAGACCCUGAAAGAGGCUGGGGUCCUUGCAGGGAUGGGGUGGAGGCUCUCUGUGCCAGCCACCCUUCCUAGCCACAUGCCACUGGACAUAAGCCCCAUGGGGCCUGGCACUGAGGGGCACAAACUGGGCCACUCACAUGAGAGAAGUGCUCUUCCAUCCUUCAGGUGGCAUCUGAGCUAGGGUCCCCAUGCCUCUCACUGGGCUACGCUGUAGAGGGCCAGCGGAAGGCCAGCGUCUGGCCUCCUGUCCACGGGUCUGUGACCCUGGGCUUUUACUUCUCCACCGGGUGGAGCAGGAUCUGUGGCCACAGCUGAGAGGGCCUCCAGUCAGUGGCUGGCCCUCCCUGGGGAGUAUGUCCUUCCAUACCUCUAGGCAGUAGGGACCUUGGUCUAGCCUCUGCCUGGAACCGGGUCGGGGAGCUGGGUGCAUCUCUGUCUCUGAAGAGACAGCUUCAGGCAGUGAAGAGCCUGGGGCUGAGGAGACAGAACUCUAGUGAUGGUCAGGAACAAAGGUGUUGUCUCUGAGGCCAAGGAGUUCUUCAGUGGCCUUCAGAAGGGACCCAAAAAAGUUCAGGCCAGUGCAGCAGAAACCUCCGUGACAAGGCUGUGGCCUUGGCCAGCCUGGAAGUGGCUCUAGAUAGACCUGCAAAGGCCCCAGCGUAGAAGACGCAGCGGUGUUGAGCCUGGGAGAUGUGCCCAGCGGGACUCCUGCCACCGAAGGACCCAGUGCUGUCCUCUGCCCCGCUGCCACCUGCUGCCCCAAGGUUUCGUCGGCUGAAGAGGAGGCAGGUGGGAAACAGAAGAGCCAGAGUGGCCUGUCUCCCUCCGGACAAGAGGUGGAGAGACUGAGGUUAAUAUGAGAACCAGACCCGUACACAAUCCAGGUUUGGGGUGCAACAGCGACAGGGCCCCCUUGUCAGCAGCUGCAGGUCUGAGAGCGGAAGGAAGGCCGGGGACCCAGCAACCCACCGCCUAGGAGGGUGUGUCCUGGUGAAGGUUUCAAGGGGAGAAAGUGUUCCUGUCUCAGGGAAAGUGUGAGGUGGAUCUCGGCAGAGGUGGAAAGCCCCUCGACGGAGCUGCCACGCCUUCCUAGACGUUUCCGGCCAGGCCGGCUCCCAGCAGACAGGAUCCUGGAGAACUGGUUCUGUGAAGCCUGAUGCUGAGCAAGGCUGGGAGGUAGCAACGCGCAUGGGCUGCACUUGUAGGCUGGCGAACCCCGGUUCUGAGGAAAGAAGUUACAGGCUAGGUCACUGAUCUGGCUGGGAAACAGACUGGAGGAAGAGAAAAACCAAGGAGGGGAGACUGUGUGGCCAGGUGCGAAGCCACACACGCUGCUUGCUGAAACCAUAAAGGUUGUUUCCUGACAGCUGGAGAGGCCAGGCGUCUCCUGAGGCCUUCCAUUUCACUCACUGGCCAUGCUGACCUGCUCCUUGGCGCCCACUGCCCCUAUUCCCGCGCUGUUUGGCAUCCUGCUCCUGGCUGCUUCCCUGAAUGCGCAGAAUAAAAGCUGGGACAACCCCGUGUGCACCAGCGGCACCCUGUCUGUGCCCAGAGGCAGCCGCGCGGUGAUGAGCUGUGGCAUCUCUAACCUCUUCAAGGAUGUCACCGUCUGGCUGAUUGCCCACGGAGAGGAAAGGACCAUCUUCAACAAGACACGCCAAGGACGCUUCUCUCGGAGCGGGUGGGAGCUCUGGGUUCAAGGGGGCCAGGCACAGCUCGUGAUCGAAGACACCCAGGACGUCCACGCAGGCCUGUACCUAUGGGGCCUGCAUGGGCGCCAGAGAUAUUACAGCAACGUCACCCUGAGUGUUUCAGAGCCUUCACGCGAGGACGAGGUGACAGAUGUGAGGGUGUCCGAAGCCUCCACAGAAGGUCCAGCCAUGAGCUCUCAGCUAGAGGCCCGGCCCAAGACCCUUGUGGGAAUAGUGAUCACCGCCAUCUUGAUCUUGGGACUCGCAGGGAUCAGCGCACUUGUCUGCUACAGGCACCAUCGUUCCUGGGAGCCCUCGUGGAUGAGGCGGUUCUGACACUGUGGCCAGAGGAAGCUGAGGGGAGCAGCCUGCAGAGCUGAUUCCAGAAAGAGGCCGCCAGCAUGGGCUCCUCGUGUUCUUGCCCUCGGAGGCUGCUCUGACCUUCUGGAAGCCAAACGCCAUGGAGUCAUUAUUACACGCUGGGCAGAGCAAGAGUCUCUGCCCAUGCUUGCUGGGCACAGAAGGCCUUUCCUGAGGGCUGAGGAGGCAACUCACUGAGGAAGGCUAUCUGGGCAGAUCUUGGUCAUGUGAACAAGAGUACAACCUCCUGACCAUGGUCUUCAUCUGAUCUCCUAGCUCUUUCCGAAAUGGGGGUCUCCAAGCUGCACGGCUCUUGACUCAGCACCCCCACCUUUGGCUCCCUCUCUUCUGCUGAGCCUCUGAGGUCUACUACCAAAGAUCUCCCGCACAAGGCUCAGGCUGCACCAAGAUUUGCUUCAAGUAGAACAUGGGCGCACAGCUGCUUUCUCACUCACAGUAGUAAGUUUGGGAAACCCAGAUGUUGGGUUCCAGGGGCCAAAAUAGGGAGGAGAGGUCUAAGAUGGAUCACCAGCCCACUCCUGCCCCCGGAAGGCAGAGUGCCCUCAGGGACGUGUCUAUAAGGGUGUCAGGGUGCUGCUUGGCAGGCGUUGUUCUGGGGAACUCCCUGGGCUUCCCUUCAGCAGACCCCAGCCCCAGCUCCCUUGAUUCAGAUCCACUACCCCUGUUCCUUUCUGACCUUUUGUCUUGAUUACAAUGUUGUUUUUCCUUUUGUAGAGAUUUAAAAAAGACAUUUUUGUAGAAAUCUUGUA